GCGAAUCCUAGUCCUCCUAUUACUGAGGAAGUUCUCGAUCCAGGGCACCAAGUGCCCCAGUCAUCACUUCCGCAGGUUGAAAAGCAAUCGCCUGUGCAAGACGUUGUCAUUUUUAAUAACUUGGAGACUGAAAGAGACAACCUCCUCGAUGAGCAAGACCGACAGAGCCAAGAGAUAACUACUCUCACUCAAGAACGGGAUGAUAUCGCUAGAGAGCGAGAUGCUUUCGCAGUGCACGCUACCCGUCAGGCCCUGACCACUCCCCGAAGUGCAACUGUCCCCGAGCCCAGGAGAGCGAUGAAGAUCCCUGACCUGCCUCUGUUCAGUGAUGGAAAGAACAUCUCCUUUGAAGACUGGGUGCUGGCUAUGUGUCAGAAACUGCAAGCCAACGCUGAUCAGUUUGCUACCCCGGCAGUACGCAAAGCCUAUAUUACCAGCCGUUGCGAGGGUGAUGCAAGGAGGCACUUGACACCC